CCCCCUCCCGCGGUCGCGAGCUCCUGGCUCUAACCCUUGCUGCCCGGCUGCCACUCACCACCCGCCAGCUCUUCGCGCUGCAGCCAUGCGCCCCCCGACAGCCCGCGCGCCCGCACUGUGGCUCCUGGCGCUGGGCGCGCUCUGGUGGCCCGCGGCUGGCUCCUGGGAGCUUACCAUCCUGCACACCAACGACGUGCAUAGCAGGCUGGAGCAAACCAGCUCGGACUCGGGCAAGUGCGUCAAUGCCAGCCUGUGUGUGGGCGGCGUGGCGCGGCUGGCCACCAAGGUGCAGCAGAUCCGCCGCAGCGAGCCACACGUGCUGCUGCUCGACGCCGGCGACCAGUACCAGGGCACCAUCUGGUUCACCGUGUACAAGGGCACCGAGGUAGCGCACUUCAUGAACGCCCUGCGCUAUGAUGCUAUGGCACUGGGAAAUCAUGAAUUUGAUAAUGGUGUAGAAGGACUGAUUGAUCCCCUUCUCAAAGAGGCCAAAUUUCCGAUUCUGAGUGCAAACAUUAAACCAAGAGGGCCGCUAGCCUCUCAAAUAUCAGGACUUUAUUUACCAUAUAAAAUUCUUAAUGUCGGUAAUGAAGUUGUGGGAAUUGUUGGAUAUACUUCAAAGGAAACCCCUUUUCUCUCAAAUCCAGGGGCAAAUCUCGUAUUUGAAGAUGAAAUCACUGCACUGCAACCAGAAGUAGACAAGCUAAAAACUUUAAAUGUGAACAAAAUUAUUGCACUGGGGCACUCUGGCUUUGAAAUGGAUAAGCUCAUCGCACAGAAAGUAAAAGGCGUGGAUGUGGUGGUAGGCGGGCACUCCAACACAUUUCUUUACACAGGUCCUCGACCUUCCAAAGAGGUUCCUGUCGGGGACUACCCAUUCAUCGUCACCUCCGAUGACGGGCGCAAGGUCCCUGUGGUCCAGGCCUAUGCUUUUGGCAAGUACCUGGGCUACCUGAAGGUUGAAUUCGAUGAAAAAGGCAAUGUCAUUACUUCACACGGAAACCCCAUUCUUCUCAACAGCAGCAUCCCUGAAGAUUCAGUCAUAAAAGCAGACAUUAACAAGUGGAGGGUAAAAUUAGACAAUUAUUCCACCCAGGAGCUGGGGAGGACCAUUGUCUACCUGGAUGGCACCACUGAAUCCUGCCGAUUUCGAGAAUGCAACAUGGGCAACAUGAUUUGUGACGCUAUGAUCAACAACAACCUCAGACACCCAGAUGAGCUAUCCUGGAACCACGUGUCCAUGUGCAUUAUAAACGGAGGUGGCAUUCGGUCACCCAUUGACGAGCGGAACAAUGGCACGAUUACCUGGGAAAACUUGGCUGCUGUGUUGCCCUUUGGAGGCACCUUUGACCUAGUUCAAUUGAAAGGUUCCACCCUGAAGAAAGCCUUCGAGCACAGUGUGUACCGCUAUGGCCAGUCCAGUGGAGAGUUCCUGCAGGUGGGCGGAAUUCAAGUGGUAUAUGAUAUUUCCCGAAAGCCUGGGGACAGAGUGGUCAAAUUAGAUGUUCUUUGCACCCAGUGCCGAGUGCCCAAAUAUGAGCCUCUCAGAAUGGAUAAGGUAUAUAAGGUGAUCCUCCCAAACUUCCUCGCCAGUGGGGGAGAUGGAUAUCAGAUGAUAAAAGAAGAAGUAUUAAAACACGACUCUGGUGACCAAGAUAUCAACGUUGUAUCUGGCUAUAUCUUAAAAAUGAAAGUGGUUUAUCCAGCAGUUGAAGGUCGGAUCAGGUUUUCUGUAGGAAGUCAUUGCUGUGGAAGCUUUUCUCUAAUACUUCUUUCAUUGUUGGCGGUGAUCAUCAUUCUCUACCAAUAGUCAAACCCUCUCCUUGCCGUUGAUAUGGAGCUGCAUGUUUCCUUAAGUGAGUUGAAAUUAAGUCUGCCUUUUUGGAAUUGGCUCUGUGACGGUGCAGCCCAUUCUCACAGGCUCCUAGAAGCAGAGUUUACAUGACUGUAUGUGAAGACACUGACUCAGGACCAGCAACUUAGUGAGCAGGCUGGACAAGAAAGUGCAGCCCUCUGAGAAGGCCAGCCAUCUCUAGUUCACAUAUGCAGAUUUUAAUAAAAUUUUAUUAACAAUUUUAAACCCUAGAAAACACUUAAUUUUUCCCUUUGUAUCCCUUCUAAUGCACAAGCAACUUAUAUUUACAAAGAACUUUAUUGUUUACAAGGAUAUUUGAAGCACAUUAUCUCAUUGAUACCACUGUCUUUGGUGACAGGUGGUGUUUUUCCUAUCUGACAGAUGAAUUUUUUUUUUUUACCUGAGCACCACUCAGUUCUGGCUAUUGGUGGUGCCAAGAUCAAACCUCAGCAGAACCUCUCACAUGCAAGCCCUGUUCAUUACCACUGUGUAUCUCUCCAGCCCUGUCGAUGAAACUUCAAGCUCAGAAUGUGUCGACUUGCUCAAGAUCAUAUUGUGAAAAGUACAGAUCCACAAUCGCCCAAGGUCUUCUCACCUCAACUUCAGCACCCUUAACAGCUAUAUCCAGUUGUUGUUCAGAGCACUUCAUCAUCUCCCCACCUCAGAACUGGUCCCAAGCGCAUACACAGCCGGUCUCUCUGCUUCCUUUCUGGUCAGGUUAUUUUUUCCCUGUUAAAGUGUUUAAUAGAGUAAACACAGGGAGGCGUUCUCUUGAACCACCCACUUGCGUUUAGUAAAUUAGGGAACAAAUAGAGCAGCAGAUACUGGGAAAGGCCCAAGGCUACAAAAGGCAGUCUAAGGAUAGGACGGAAAGGGAAGGGGAAAACAGAAUAGCCCAGACUGGUUUACGCUACCAGAAAAGAGCUGAAGAGCAUUUCCAUUUGUACAUAGAUAGAUAGGUGCUAAGGAGCAGUAGCAUAGUACCUGACACAUGGUAUUAGUUGUGUUAACUGUUUUCUGUCCUCCGGGUUAUUGCUGGUGCUCCAGUGCCUGCACAGCUCCAAUAUUCCCAGAAGCCUUCCUUCCCUCCCUUUUUCUUCUUGAAACAAGGUGAGAGACAGAAAAGACAGAAAGGGAAGGACACAGAUACCUGCAGUGCUACUCCCCCACUCUUAAAGCUUGAAUCCUUGCAAGUGGGGGUAGGGGACUAACUUGAACCCUGGUCUUUACACACGAUAUUGUCUGCACAAUACUUGGGUAAGCCUUCACCCGGCCCCUUAACUGUUGAAGAGAUUCUACCAGCUCUGCCUCUGUGAUCUUCUUAAUGUGAAAUUGACAUGAGAAGAGAAUCUCUUAUGACAAGGUGUGAUUCUAAACCUGCACCUGUCUCUCCCUAGUCAAGUGGCAGCACUGCACUUACUCUAGUUAUAAACAUACUCCAACCACUAGUUACAGAAAUUCAAGAGAGAAGAGAGUUUUUUUUUUAAGUGGUAUACAUAAGAUAUUUGAGGGGAGCUCUGCCUCCAAAUAUGCACAAUUAUUCUAAGCUAUUUUUAAGUUUUAAUUUCCUAACUCCCUUGCAGUGGAUCUCUCAAAGUGAAAGCUCAGGAACUACUCUGAUUGAUAAAAUGAUUUAUUCCCAAAGAGUAAAUAAUUGCUUAAAGUGAUAAUGGGAGCAUCUCAGGAGUCUGUUCAGUACAACAUAAAUCAAUCUACAAGAAAUGGAAGUCUCCACCUUAAAAACAGUUGAGCAAGGGAGUCUGGCAGUAGCACAGCCGGUUAAGCGCAGGUGGCACAAAGCAAAAGGACCGGCGUAAGGAUCCCGGUUUGAGCCCCCGGCUCCCCACCUGCAGGGGAGUCGCUUCACAGGCAGUGAAGCAGGUCUGCAGGUGUCUAUCUUUCUCUUCCCCUCCUCUCUCCAUUUCUCUCUGUCCUAUCCAGCAACAACAACAUCCACAACAACAAUAAUAACUACAACAAUAAAACAAGCAACAAAAGAGAAUAAAUAAAUAUUUAAAAAGACAGUUGAGCAAAUAACAGCUAGAAGUUUUGGACAGGGAGUAUGCAUACUCCAGUGUUUACAAAUACUUAGUCCUCUUGAUGCAAAAUAUAAUUUAAAAUGUCAUAAUCUUUUUAUAAAGGUUAUUGCAGGUAAAUAAGGUCCUUGGACUCUAUGCAUAUUCAGAAUAGUUAUAAAUAAAUCUAAGAUCCUAAGAGGAAUAUUGGAAAAGCAAAGUACUUUUGGAGUAUAUUCCUUAUGGUGCGUUAAUAAAUCCUACUGAAGCACAACUUUUUAAAGAAUAUUUUUAAUGGAUUCUAAAUAUGUGUAAGAAAAUUCUAAAUGGUGUAAAUCAUUCUAAAUGGAUUCUAAAUGGUGUAAGAAAAGACCUGGAACCACUUUGCAGUUGUAGAUGCCAAACAAUAAAAUUGAUGAUAUGCUC